CAUUAUUAAACACACGUUUGACAUUCCUUGUGAAUUAGAAAAAUACAGAUUUCGGAAGCAAAAUGUGGACAAUAUUGCCAAACUUGACCACACCAACGCAAUACCAAAUGACCCUUUGGUUUACCGAAAGUCGUUUGCGAAUCAUUAAGCGGUCACGAGAAGUAUUUUCGGAAAAUUAGGAUUAACGUUGAUAAAUAUCCGCUUGAUAAACAUUAGCCCGUCUCUAACAGGGAAGUUAACUGAAAUUAAAUCCAUUUUUGCUGAAAGAUACUUUUUUCGGAGUUAUAGAGAGAAAAAAGGUCUACGAAAAAAGAUACAAAUGGAAGCCAGAAUAGAAAUCAGAAUGGAAUCAAGGCAAUUCGAAGAUCACGCGAGAGCAUUUGAACCAAUACAAUCACAUGAUCACAUAUCAACACAUUCUGAAUUGACAGACAAAGAUUUUGGACCUUCGAAAUCUUGGCUUAACCAGACAACACAAUCAUCUGAAAAGCAUCUCAUCGAAGAAACGCGCCAAUCGUCGCAGGAAACUUGUCAAGCUAAGGGUUCGACAGAAACAGACGAAAGUCAAGUAUCCUUUACAGGCGAAGAUGUAUUGCAAAACGUUUCAGCAAUUGAACACAGUAAUACAUCAGAUAACCUUAUUAAUGCCGCAGAAUUUGACAGCUGGAUGGACAGCAUAUCGAAAACUACACAAGAAAUUGAUCAGGGUGACUCUGGCAUAAUAGAAGAUGACGUAUCUAUGGAAAACGGAAGUUCGUGUAUAUUGGUAGACAUUGAAACGGAUGAUAUGGUCGAAAGCCCAUCCAUUCUGGAUGAUUCGCAUAUAUCAGAAAGUCGAAAUCCGAUUGAGUUUGGCAGUGACGAAAUAUCACCCAUGAAAUGUCCGAUAUUUCGGACAGAGCUUGGAGGAGCCACAGUUACUGAAUGCGGGCUGUGCAUGUGUUCACAUUGUUUCAGUCAAAGAAAAGCCGAUCUAGAUGAGCUGUGUAAUGUCUGUGGCAUAACUAUCAGUUCACAUCACAUCGUAGAAAUGGAAAAAGCCAGUGAGAAUAUCCUAAGAUCACAUUACCUAACUAUUGAACAACUGGAAGAUUACGACAUGAACCUUACUCAAGAAGUCAUUAAGAAACAGGAAGAGAUUGAAGAAGAGCAAAGCCAAAAUCAAAGACUUCAAGCUGAGCUUUAUGACGCUAAGCAAGAAGUACGUUAUCUCAAGGGCGAAAUUGAAAAUCUGCAACAGUUUAAAACAUUAUGUUGUACACAGGCAAAGGAACUUCGAAUCUACCGGGAAAAUAUUGUGCCGAGCAAAGACAAAGUCAUAGAAGAACUCAGAAAUGAAGUGACAAAAUUAACAGGACAUUUACAAGAAAAACAUAAGGAAACGGAGCAGCUUAUGAAUCAUAUUGGGACGUUAAAUGAUGAAAUCGCUAAUCUUAGACGGGUUACUAUACCCAUAAAUCAACUGGAGGUGUUAACUGGAGGGAAUCUUUGUCGGGCGGUCCAGCAGCUUCAAUAUUUUUAUGACAGGGAUUAUCGUUCUAGACAUGAUAUUACAGACAAGAUGGAGAUUUUGUUACAGACUCGACUCGAAUCCGUUACGAACGAACUUUGUCAGCAACAGGCAAUUGGAGAUCAACUUGCCACAGUUAUAAUGACUUACACAAGUAUGGUUCUAGAAAACGCAAAUUUACAUCAAGGUUUGAGAAGAAAUCAAGACAAGAUUCGGGAUUUGCAAGCAGAAUUACGUCACACGAAAGCUAGAAUUAUUUCGCCACGGGAGACAAUUAGAUACUUUUAAGUUUCUGCGUCUUGAAUGAAACGGGGUCAGGAAUAGUGAGGAACAUUAAUAUUCGGUUUUCCUUGGAGUAACAUGAGGCAAAGGUUACAGUUAGUAAUCACAACAAAUAA